GGAGAAGGCAUUUGGAAUAACCCACAAGCGGCAAGAACAGAUCGGAGACCGUUUUACUUUCCUGACACCCAAGGCUAACCACAGGUAUGAAGACACCUCUGAGUCCAUCCCAGUUCAUAGAGCAUGGCCGGAUGGCCUUCCCCUUCGAAGGCUGUCUGGAGCUGAAUCAGCUGAUGGGGAUGGAGCCUACCACAAACAGCCAAGCCCAGAUAAACAUGGACCUACAGCAACAGCAGCAGGAGAAGAAGAAGCUGUUUUACUCAAUGUGUGAGGUGUGUAACAUCCAGCUGAACUCCCAAGCUCAGGCCCUGGUGCACUACAACGGGAGGUCCCACCUGAAGAGGAUCAAACAGAUGAACAAUGGGGAGGUUCCUCCGGCUCCAGUACCAGCUACUGGGUCUCUACCCACCACUACACUGACCCUCAGUACCAGCACCACCAGCAGUAGUACAGGAAGUUCAUGCCAUAGCAACACACUGCCUGCGCUGGUGCGGACUCCGUCUCUGAUGAUGCAGUCCACUUUGGAUAUGAAACCCUUUAUGCCCUUCCACCAAGUGGACACGUCCUCUGCUGUGGGACUCUUCCCUAAUUUUAACACGAUGGAUCCCGUCCAGAAAGCUGUAAUAAACCACACGUUUGGGGUCUCCAUCCCUCCGAAGAAAAAACAGGUGAUUUCCUGUAACAUCUGUCAACUCCGCUUCAACUCAGAUAGCCAAGCCGAGGCGCACUACAAAGGCACUAAACAUGCCAAGAAGCUCAAAGCACAGGAGAACACCAAGAAUAAGCCGCCCAAGAGUUCCCUUCCACCUCCUCCUCUUCCUCCUUCCCUGGACAGUGCAAAGACAAUCACCACCACCACCUCCACCAGCUUGACCAGCACUGUCACGGCCAGCAACUCUGACCAACCAGAACAAAUCGCAGUGCCUCCUAGCACGGCAGAUAAAACCUUGGCUUCUCCAAAUGCGUUCGUCCCCAUCAUCUCCAACUCCUCCUCCCUGGCAGCUUUAACAGCCAUGGCCGUCCUCAGUCCCUGUAAUCCCGUCCUGUGUGAUCCCACGCCUGCCAGCCCCCCAUCAGCUACACAAGUACAACUACAGGGGCCUGUUAUGAAGAGCAGUGGCAGCAGCAGCACCAAGCCUGGGCUCACGGCCUCAACCACUGCUACAGCAACUCAGCCCACGCCAGAGUCGGAGGACGAAAAAGCCAAAAAGCUCCUGUACUGUUCGCUUUGCAAAGUGGCCGUCAACUCUCUGUCGCAGCUGGAGGCCCACAACACAGGUUCUAAACACAAAACUAUGCUUGAGGCGAGGAACGGCGCAGGCCCAAUUAAGGCCUAUCCCAGACCAGGCUCCAAGCUCAAAGUCCAGGCCACCACCGUGCUGAAAGGCUCCGGACUGCAGAACAAGACGUUCCAUUGUGAGAUCUGUGACGUCCAUGUCAACUCAGAAAUACAGCUCAAACAGCACAUCUCCAGCAGAAGGCACAAGGACAGAGUGGCUGGGAAACCGAUGAAGCCCAAAUACAGCCCUUACAACAAACAGCAACGCAGCUCCACAGUCCUGGCCGCCAAGCUGGCUCUUCAGAAGGACCUGGUGAAGCCUAUCUCCCCUGCCGCAUUCCUCUCCAACCCCUUCUGCCCCACCACUGUCCCCUCCAUCGCCCUGCACCCGCGGCCCAACACUUCCAUCUUUCAGACUGCUGGCCUCCCAGGCUCCAUGAGCUCCAUGGGCUCCUUCCUCCGGGCUGCUCCAGGGCCCAUCCGGCCCACCACCGGCUCUAUACUUUUCGCCCCGUAUUAAUUCCUGGGUCGUGACACCAGGGUCGUGUUCAGUAGGCAGAGAAUGGAAGAAAAUGGCAGAAACUGAGUGAAACGGGGAGGUACUAUCUGAGCUCGUCCACUAAUUAAUGCUUGUUUUUAUCUCCCGUUUUCGCUACGGUGUGCCCUAAUGGACACAACCCUGUAUAACGGUAUGGAGCCAGGGAGCCAGAAGUAACACAAAGGGGAUACUGACAUGAGUUGACAAACAGGUGACCUCUGACCACGUGGAACAGUGAGUGGAUGACGUCCUACUACAGACAGUACCUCCCCGGUGCACUGAACUGAGAGGACUACUACACUGCGAAGCUUGAACGAACAACAGUGUAUUUAUUUGAUUGAACUUGUUUAACUUUGCCUGUCUGCGUGCGUUGCCCUGAAGCAUGAAGUACAGAGGUACAGUGGGCUCGCUAAGACCACUGAGGGUCUAAGUAUUGGAUUCUUGUGUAAUAAUAAAGAGCAUCAAACUGCUUCCUGAAUGACUUGAAUUACCAUAGUCUUCCUAUUUGAUUAAAUUAAUGGACAGCUACAUGUGUAUGACAGUGUUCAUCAUAACAGCCCCCAGACAGAAGGACAGUCAUACCUGGUUACACUAUAUGGCCAACCUGAACCGCACUGGGCUGGCUUGCAUAUUUUUUUCUCACAUUGUCCUUUCCAGCACGGUUUAAGCAACUACAGGGGAUGUGGAAUCAGAUCAGAGCAGUUCAGCUUGGCUCCGCUUGGUCUGGCCCAGUAGUGUGAAAAGGGUAUCAUUGCACAUUUUCAGUUGUUGCUUGAUGUCAUGAGUCAUGGACUGUAUGUUAACACUGUAAUGCAGUUUUGACCUCUGUUCUGUCCUGGAUUGUGUAAGGCAAAAAGCUGAAUCUCUGUUAUGAUCAUCAAAUAGUCUGGCUUCAAUUUACAGUAGAUAGCCAUAGUAUUGUUUAGUAACAGUGUUCUAAUUUCCUCCACUUCAGAGAGAGAAACCAUUCUCUUGGUUUCUCAGUAAGAGACAGAUUUUAACUUGAGAUAGAUGUAUGUCAAUGGGAGACUUCAAGUCUGUUCAAGAACAUUUUAGUUAAAGCUCAAACACACUGGUAGGAUUGUCAAACGUUUGCCUGCCAAUAUAUUUUGUGUUCACACAGCAAAGACCUUGAAGUCGUCAGCCACUCAGCCUUGUUAAAGUACUCCAAACCAGAAGAUGGCAGUAGUAUUGUUUGGCAAUGCAUGUCCAUGUGUGUUGCUUAUGGUCUAGAUUCCAAUGUUAGCUGCUGCGCUAAUGUUGCUAUUUUGUAGAAAGCCCUUGUUGAUAUUAGCCAGAUGGCCACAGCUAGAUAACUACCUAGCAAGAUGACGAAGAAACCAUAAUCCCAUACUGUAGGGAGUCCAAUCAAAACGCAUAUUUUGACCAAUGGGUAAAAUAAUAUGUUAAUUGUUUAUAUAAUCCUCAAAACAAAAACAAACAAUGGUCCAAACCUCAUGUCUCUAUCAUAAUCCGUACAAAAUUUAUUGGAGAUUUUAUCCUUGUAGGAUGGUUCAAAUUAGGCCGACUAAAUCAAUGGAAGCCAGAGAAAAAAGGGGUCAAAAAUCAGGAAAAUAGCAUUGCGUCAGCUAGGCUGGAUGCUGUGCAAGAAUUAAGGCUACCUGACAGGUUCACCGUGGAACUCGUCAUCUUUCUUAUCCAAUCCGGAGGACGUAAAACAAUACAGAGGUAAGAUGGAUAUCGAUUUUGAGACAUGACAAGUAGUAUUUUCAUAUUUUAGUAUACACUGUUCCUCUGUAGCUCACUUGGUAGAG